GUCUUUAUAGCAGUGGCCCGCCACCGAAGGAGCAUUAUCCGAUCGAUACACCCUAACGGGCACUCCGUCAGUCGCGGUUUCCCCCGAGCCCUUGCCCGACUUUGCGACACUGCCACUGUCAGUACUGUUGUGAUUCGCUCGAAAGUACAAGCAGCUAAAUGGAGAGCACAACCGUCUCGACGUCAAUGGCUCCAGUUGAGACAAGGCCAGGCUGCCAGUGCGAGCUGCUGAGUUACAUGAUGAAUGUCCGAAUAUGGCAAUCCCAUCCUCCGCAAUUUCCAAACCAGCGGGCACCCGCGCAUCCUUGGUACAAUACAUUUUCCCCCUCGGACCCCCCCAAUAUUCCUACUCCAGAUCGCUUUGAUGUUGGCCUAUAAAGACCCCCCCAAGUUCAUCAGGCAAGUCGUUCGUUACCCACUACUCACAGAGGCGCAGAUGUCUUCCAUCGCUAUCCGUCCUUUCACUGCGGCCGACCUUCCCAAACUCAAAGAAAUCCAUGACGCAAUUAUACCCGUGCCAUAUGCUAACAGUUUCUUCAUCAACCAACUCAUCCAGUCAACCGGCCUCUGUCUCAUUGCCGUAGACGAGUCUCAGGAUUCAAAGCCAAUCGCUGGUUUUGUUACAUCCUCUAUUCAUCUCAAGGACGGUGUAGAGCACCACAUCCAGCUUCUGACCCUCGGCGUGGUCGAUGGAUACCAAAAACAGGGUCUUGCUCGUCAGUUAGUCUGCAAAGUCGUGUCCACCCUUACUCCCCCCGGAAUGCAGCUCCCGGUCUACACACAUGUCUGCACCACCAACACACCCGCUCAAAACUUUUAUGAGCGUUUAGGAAUGAAACCCAGACUGAACGCGUCGCAACCGGUCAUUGCCAGGAAUGUGUUCACCUUCUCUGCACACGGGCACAAGUCUGGCGCUCAACUGAAGAACUGCGAACGCGCCAAUCUUUUCAGGAGCCGAGAUGCGUAUGUGAUGGAGGGAAUGGUCACUGCUUAGGUUUCUACUCUUGUAUACUUUGGAUAAUCAACGUACGCGUACCAUAUUGUAUGUAUUACUCUCCAGAAAACUAGAUGCUUGUUCACUCUUCUCGCGGAGCUCCGGGUUCCGUAGGACUUGGGAUCCGAGGGUAGCCCC